GGACGUAAGGGAAGAGGGAGACGAGAGGGUUUCUGAGUGGGAGAGGCAGUGAGAGACAUAAGACCAUUAGAACCAGAUGCAGGAGUUGACCAGUUGUCCUCUAAAGUCUGCUCCACCAUUCACUAUGAUCAAGGUUGAUCCAUCCUUGGCCUCUCCUUUACAGUAGAGAAUUCUAAAGAUUCAUGACCCUUGGAGAGACUGGGAGCAGUACCUAGAGCAAGCUGAGUGUCAGAGAGAGACCAAGAGAAAAUGGAAGACACAGAUUGCUGUCAACAGAGGGUGAUGGAAGCUCGUUAAUGGUGUCUGGAAUAGAUGUGUAGACUGAAUUGUCAACAAAACGACUGAACCAUGUCUCGGCCACAAGCCCUAGCACUGACUGCGGCCACAUUACUGGGUACGGCUGUAGGCUGCCUGUAUUUGUGGAGGACUUUUAGAAGUCCCAAAUGGAAGAGGGCCCUAACCAGCCAGAAUGGAGAGGCUGUGAAGAGACGAGAAAGGACCUCACCAAGUGGCAAUGUGGAAGCCUGCUAUCAAACCAGCACAGAUGACCCCUUAAAUCCCAGCCCACUGGUGAGCAAGAUACUGGGAGCAAGUGUCUUCGUAGUGGAGUCAGAAGUGGAUUGGGAACAAGUGUGGCCGCUCUUGAGGACUGAAUUGGACCGUUACCCUGUGAUUGGAAUUGACUGUGAGUGGGUUUCUGUGAAGGGUAAAGCAAACCCUGUGUCUCUCCUUCAGAUCGCCUCCUACAGUGGCUCCUGCCUUCUCAUCCGCAUGCCCCAAAUGACCAGGAGUAGUUGUUUGUUGCCAAAGACUUUACUGCGCAUGUUGGGGGAUGACAAUAUUCUGAAGGUUGGCGUCGAUGCCUUUGAAGACGGCUGCAGGUUGCUCCGUGAUUACUGUGUCACAGUCAAGGGCUGCUUGGAUUUGCGAUAUUUGGUCACGCAGCAGAGGAAGAAUAAUUUGACCUGUUCCCUCAGUCUGAAGUCCUUGGCUCAAGACAUCAUAAAUUUUACCCUUGACAAGUCUCUCCAUCUGCGAUGUAGCAAUUGGGAGGCAGAAGAACUCACUAAUGAGCAGGUAACAUAUGCUGCACAAGAUGCUCAGGUGUCUGUGGCUCUGUUCUUUCACCUACUGGGAUUCAGCUUUACAUCACAUGAAGAUGUUGCCCUCUCUCAAUGUGAGCCCAUCUGGGAGCAGGUGCUGGCAAGGUGCCAAGGUCUGUUAGAUAUCCCAUUUAAAAUGGGUGGAGGCAGCGGAGGGGAAGAGGGAACCGGUGAGACAAACUCUCAGCAGAGACGGAGAAACAAGAAGCUUGGAUCCAAUCAGAAAUCACCAUCGGACGUGACUACCAUAGAUCCGAGAAAAACGCAGCGCAAACCCCUUGGGGUGGGAUAUUCUGCCAGGAAAUCCCCACUCUACGAUAACUGUUUCCUCCAUGCUCCAGAUGGGCAACCUCUGUGCACCUGCGACAGGAAGAAGGCUCAGUGGUACCUAGACAAGGGCAUCGGGGAGCUUAUCAGCAACGAGCCAUUUAUUGUGAAGCUGAAGUUUGAACCGUCAGGAAGACCCGAGUCUCAGCAAGACUAUUACCUGAUAACCAAGGAGAACCUGUGUGUCGUGUGUGGCAAAAGGGAGUCUUAUAUCAGGAAGAAUAUUGUGCCCCAUGAAUACCGCAAGCACUUUCCGGUUCAGAUGAAAGACCACAAUUCUCAUGACGUCCUUCUCUUGUGCACUGCCUGCCAUGCUGCCUCAAACUGUUAUGAUAAUAUCCUAAAGCAGCAACUGGCCAAGGAGUUCAGUGCGCCAAUUGGUUGCGAGGAGAGCGUCCGGUUAUUGGAGGACCCAGUCCGCAGGCAGGUGCGAUCUGGAGCCCGGGCCUUGUUGCAUGCUGAAAGCCUUCCUGAGAUUCGGAGAGAAGAACUGCAGGAUAUCCUAAAGACCUUCUUUAAUGUGGAGACAUUGACUGAAGAGUUGCUUGAAGAAGGAGCAGGACUGGAAACCAGGAUAUUCAACGAGAGCCAUAUACCCCAUGGUCUGAAAGUGACACAGUCUUGUGCAGUUGGUGGCCUCCGAGCCCUGAUGUCUUUGGAGAAACGUUGGCGACAGCACUUCCUGGACUACAUGCAGCCCCAGCACCUUCCACCCUUGUGGUCUGUGGAUCAUAAUCACAACAAGCUCCUCCGCAAGUAUGGAGAGGACUUAAAGAUCGAGCUGACAUGAAAUAAGUUGUAUAUGACUCAAUCUCAGUUUUGGUUUCUUUUGCAAUAGCUUCUCAAGACCGUGAACGGUGAUUGCAUGAGAAUACAUGUAUCAAUCAGCUUGUAAGGUUCUAGGAAGGAGUACAAGUUUCUUUUUAACUUCUGAAGGACGAAGGUUGAUACUGAGACAGCUAAACAGAACUCUAAGGCACCAUGAAGCAAUAGAUUUCAGAAGUUUGCUAUGAAAAUAUCACUUCAUACAAAUCCAUUUAACAUAUCACAUUAGGAUUUUUAACAAAAACUAAAGGAUUUUUCUUUUUAAACAAAAUGUUUGUAUAGCAAGAGCAGGGAGUAUUCUGCCUGGAAGAGGCAUCCAUUCACAAUGCUUGGACUAUGAGAGGAGUGAUUGCUAUUGUUACCAUGCUGGGUGAAUUCUGUGGGCUUGUCUUUGUGGAUGCUUUUGAGCAUCAUUAUUGCAGCUGGCAAAUGCCAGGGCAAAACUCAUCGGAAUUUUGAUGGGCAUUUUGGAUUCAACAGUGUCACAUUUUCACAGCCAAUUUGCAAACUUGGGCUUUUUGAUGCUUGUCAUCGGUGCCAAAAUGUGUGGAUAAAAAUAUUUUGGUCAAGUGCCAGAAAUCGAAAAUUUCAGCGUAAUAACAUCCUUUCCAGUUUGCAUAGCUUUGUACAUCUGCAGAGAAAAGUAUCUUCAUGCAAGAUAUCUUGUUGUCCACCUGUUUUAACCAGCACAUCCCCAGUUAAUACUGACUAGGGUCCGUGCAUGUAUAUUCCUCCUCCUCCUCAUCUGUUGCAAACUCAUGACAUGCUAAAAAGCAUCAUGCUUGAACCCACAAUAAAUAAAUGCAGCUAGUUUGCAACACCAAAAAAUAUCAUACCUGGAUGUUUUUGCAAACUCCUGUCAGCCAGCAGCAGAUUCAUGUGAGCAGAUGGUUGCAUGAGACACUCACUCAGAGAAGCUUUUUCAUAAUCUUGUUCCUUCCUUAUUUUAAGUAACGUUGCCAGACAAUAACAAUAAUGUGUGCCUUUUUAGUACCUAUAACAUCCUGAGGUGCCCACAAACAUUGAGAUUGAGACACAUGAGAUAUUAGGAUUGGUGACCAAGGUCUAAAGGGAGGUUUUAAGGGGUGUUCUGAAGGAAAUAAAGAGAUUUGGGAAUGAAGUUACAGACCUCUAUGCUUUAGAAUCUGAGGUUAUGGGUGAAGUAAUGGAAUCUGGGAAUCCACCAGGAUUGGAGUAGGUUACAGAGUUCGGGUGGGACUAGACCCUGAAGAGACUUGGGAAAACCCACCCCUCUCUACACUUAAUAGAGACUGUUGAACAAAUUACGUAAUGCAAGAUCCAAACAAUCCUUCUCCAUCUGGCCAGCAAUUAUCCUGUCAGCUUACCUCUGAUUGUGAAGGUUUGAAGUUAAAUCCCAUUACAGGUGCUAACAGAACUUAAUCUGACACUCCAGUCUACAGCUAAGAGAAUGCUGGACUGUCAGGAGAACUGUCUUUGAAUGAGAUGUUUAAUCAAACUUCAUCUGCCAUCUUGGUUGGGCUAACAAAAAAACCGUGGAAAUCUUUCAAAGAACACUUGCCAGUGUUCUGGCUAAAAUGUAUCUAACAAUCAAUCAAGUUCGAGUUAUACUUUAUUGGCAUUCGCCCAUUUGCUGUAAAACACAUGGAGGAACAAAAUGUCGAUUCACCCAGACUCUCGCAACAGAGGACAUACAUAGAACAGAGGAUAUUACAAUAAACGCAGACAGACAAGUUGUGCAAGCACAAAUAGUGCAAAAUAUGGUAUAUACAGGAUACAAAUUUAGUGCAAGGUUAGUGCAAAACCUAGUUGGAAAAAGAAAAUACAGAACUCAGUGUAUUACACUAAGUGUAUAAACAUGUUCAGCAGCAGCCAAAGUCCUUAAGCGCCGAUGUGCAAACCAGGAGUUUUGAUGCGGCAUUUGUCUGAGACUGCCUCCAGGGUAUUCAGGAGCCUGAAAGCCUGGGGGAAAGAACUGUUGUACAGUCUAGUAGUACUGGCUCAGAUGCUCCGGUACCGCUUGUCAGAUGGCAGUGGGACAAAUAGGUUGUGGGAGGGAUGAGAGGAAUCAUCUGAUUCUGCAGGCCUUCCGGGUGCAUCGUGUGUUGUAGGUGUCCAGGAUGGAGGGAAGAGGUACUCCAAUGAUCUUUCCAGCUGUGCUCGUAAUUCUCUGUGGAGUCUUGUGGUCUGAGGUGUUACAGUCACCGUACCAGGCAGAGAUGCAGCUGGUCAGGACACUCUCAAUGCUACCCCUGUAGAAUGUGGAAUGUAUAAUGCUAUUAAUGUGGAAGUUUGUUAUCUGGACAUAAUCUCACUAUAGUUUGAGACCUUGUAUACAAAUUAGCUGCUUCUAGUCUAACCUCUAGAGUAUAUACUUGACUGUAAAAACUCUUUGGAAUAUGCUGAAUUGUGAAAGGCUCUGUGCAAAUUCUGUUUUUAUUUGUGUAGUGGAGAAGUGGACAGAAUUUUGUUGUCUAUUCCAAUGGCAUUGUCUGUUUUGGCAGCCUACUUCCCUAUGGAAACAUCUUGCCUGCCACUCUGAUAAUCAAUUGCAAAAUUUCUUAGAAUAUGGUUUGAUAAGCAUAAGGGUUCCUGUGAUGUAAUUAACUUGUAAAUAUAUACAGUGCAUGUAUACAAGUACCUUUCCCAUGGGAAACCAACCCUAUCAGGUACUCCUGUUAUAGGUGUACUUCUUCACAAAGACUUGCUCAUUUUUGGAAUACCGCCAAGGCUGAAAUCUUUUGGAAAAUUACACAAAAACUACAAUUUUGGAAGCUUUAUGAAGUUUCGAUUCAAUCAUUGUUAUCUUACUACGCAAUAGACAAGCCAUUUGAUGUGAGCCCCCUGUGAGACUGUUGGCCGUUUUGUCCAUUUUGAGAAGGUCAAAAUGCCAGUUCUUUCAUUGCAGAUAACCCUGAGUUAUGCUUUGUGUUUUCAUUGUCAAUUCGAUAGCUGUACAUGAAACAUAUUUUCACCUUGACAAACCUGACUCUAUUCUUUACAGCUCCAAAGGCUUCAUAACCCUAACUCUGCACUGAUUGAACACCACCUGUUUUGUUUAAAAUAAAAUUGAAAGUGAAUAUGUCAGACUUCUGCCAUCACAAAUUUAGUACAGCUCUAAAAUGUGCUGUGGUAUGGUUAUUUAAUAAUA